AUGCAUCCCAACGGGUUUGCUGCCUCCCCAUCUCCUAUCUCCAUGAAAGGCUUAGAGCUGAGCUUGAGCUUAGGCAAGGGGCCGUCGGGGCCCUCCGUUGAGUUUGGUUCUUCCACGGAAGAAGAGGAGGAUGAAAUAGCGGAGAUGGAGGAGCGGAGUUCCUCCGGCGAUCCGCCGCGGUUUCGUUUCCCAGCCAAUUCAAACAUCGGGAUUUCCCUGCGGAGAGUUUUAGACAUGAACCAGGUUCCUGCGGCGGACAGAACAGAGAAGGAGAAGUCGCCGGAGAAGAAGACGAAGAAGCUACGCCUCAGCGCGCAGCAGUCGGCGCAACUUGAACAAAGCUUCAAUCUCCACAACACUCUCGGUUCGGAGGAGAGGGCGGCUCUGGCGAAGCAACUCAACCUUCGUCCUCGACAGGUGGAAGUCUGGUUCCAGAACAGAAGAGCCAGGACGAAGCUUAAGCAUGCGCAAAUGGAGUGCAAGUACAUGAAGCGGUGCUGCGAGGCGCUUCGUGCAGAGAACCGCCGGCUCAUCGUGGAGAUCGCCGAGAUCCGCGCUGGGAAACUCUCUCCUCGGUCUUUUCCCUUGGACACUCCCGUUUGCAUCUCCUGUGAUCGUGGAGCCGUUGCCGGCGGUGAUGCUACUUCCGUCGCUCGCUGGUGCAUAAGUAGGAGCACCGGCGACGGCCGCCGCCGCUGAUCUAUAAAGUUUAUUGGCUAUCGUCUUCGUUGUUGUUGGUUUGCCAUUACA